AUGAGACCAGCAAUAGCUUUUGACGCGACAGGGGUAUUUUAUAAAUCUAGAAAAGCAUUGCCUAGAGCAAGAUAAGCCCUUGAAUUACUCUAGAAAAAACAAAUACCAUUCUUGAUUCUGACUAAUGCAAGUGACCCCACAGAUAAAUAAAGAGCAGAUUUUUUAAAUGAGCUUACGAACACUAACAUCCUAAAACCUUCUCACAUUGUUUAAGGUCAUACUCCAGUGAAGAUAAUUCUAGAAUAGACAAGACAUUUACCUGGCAUUACUUUAGUAGGUGGAGGGAUGUAUGCUCAAGGAAUCGCUGAGAAUUCGGGGAUUACAGAUUUUAUAACGGUCCCAGAAAUUUCUGCUUGCAUGCCAGAACUUGUGCCAUUAGAUCAUAAAGCUGGUUACCCUCAUGAACCUGAAAAGCUUAUCAAAUAAGCAUUGGAAAGAUUGAAAUUAAAUAAGCCAUCAGAUAUCAUAUAAAAGCAAUUCAAGGACAUAAUGAUUUUCACUAGUCCAAGCUAUUAUGAAGCUCAUAUGCAAAUAAUGUCUGAUCUAUUGAUAUCAAAAGAUGGAUGGCUAGGCACAUAGAGAAAAUCUACUGAUAAGCAACAUGUAAAGCUUUAUUAUUCUCAUCAUGAUUACCAAGUGCCCUAUGCUAAUGCAAAUUUUCCAUCUUUAAGAUAAAGAUUUUCAAUGGGUAUGUUUAAACAAUGUCUUGAGACAAUCUUUAAAAUGCAGUAUAAUUUAGAUAUAGAGUACUAGUUGUUAGGUAAACCCUCAAAGCUAGCUUUUGAUUAUGCAAGAAACACUCUUAAAUAACAAACCUAAACUGAUAACUUAGAUUUAUUUAUGGUUGGCGAUUCUCCAGAGAUUGAUAUUGUUGGUGGGAAUUAAAAUGGCUUCAAAACCAUUUUAGUUAAAUCAGGCAAUUAUACAGAAGGCAUGGAGAGUGAAAAUCCAGAUUUUAUAGUCUAAGAUGUUUAUGAUGCAGUGUUAAAGGUUAUGGAAUUGCAUUAAAUCUAAUGA